CCGAGGAACGCGAUUCGGAGAGAGACCGCGCGCAACGCAGGGAGAGAUGUCGACCGCUUCGGUUUGCUCUUCGACGCUCCAGCCGCGGAUCGGCGGGCUCGGAGGAGGCCUCGAGCUCCGGCGAUCUCCUCUCCGCCGGCCGGGCAAUGCCCCCUUCGCCAGGAAAAUCCAGACAGUGGUGAAGGCAUCUUCACGAGUUGACAAAUACUCCAAAAGUGAUAUUAUUGUAUCUCCAUCAAUUCUAUCUGCUAAUUUUUCGAAGCUGGGAGAACAGGUGAAAGCUGUGGAGUUGGCAGGAUGUGACUGGAUCCAUGUCGAUGUGAUGGAUGGCCGUUUUGUUCCCAAUAUUACAAUUGGUCCCCUUGUGGUUGAUGCCCUGCGCCCUGUUACAGAUCUUCCUCUGGAUGUUCAUCUGAUGAUUGUGGAACCUGAACAGCGAGUACCAGAUUUCAUCAAGGCUGGAGCUGACAUAGUCAGUGUACAUUGUGAACAAACUGCUACCAUCCACUUGCAUCGCACACUCAACCUAAUUAAAAGUUUGGGAGCUAAAGCUGGAGUUGUCCUGAACCCUGGUACCCCACUAACCGCUAUAGAAUAUGUCCUUGAUGUGGUUGAUCUGGUGUUGAUCAUGUCGGUGAACCCUGGCUUUGGUGGACAAAGCUUUAUCGAGAGCCAAGUGAAGAAAACAUCAGACUUGAGAAGGAUGUGUGUGGAGAAGGGAGUCGACCCAUGGAUUGAAGUAGAUGGUGGAGUCGGCCCAGCCAAUGCAUAUAAGGUCAUUGAAGCUGGAGCAAAUGCUUUAGUUGCUGGUUCUGCAGUCUUCGGUGCUAAAGAUUAUGCGGAAGCUAUCAGAGGAAUCAAAACCAGCAAGAGGCCUGAACCAGUUGCUGUCUAAGCUCUCAAGUCUUCCAGUUUAAUUUUUGAUACUGAAUUCUUCACAUCAUAAAGAUUGCCAAGGCAGCAGAAUAUUGCAAGCUCAUGACGUCGAAGAUGCUAUUACGUCCUGGUCAAUUCUCUCGGGUGCUGUUAAUCUUACAAGACUCGCGGAUCAUCCACCCUGAAAAUAACGUUAUGACAGGGAGUGUACAUUAUGUUACGAGUUGAAUAAUAAAGAUCAUCAUUCAAAGUAAAA